GGAAUGGGCCGCCUAUUGGAGCUUGUGUUUGGGCGAAGCGGUUUCUGACACCGAAAUGCUGAUAUGUACUCCGUCGUACCGGUUCAGGUACUCCGUACUUUAGCACAUGCUAUCCGCUGUGAGAUAUGCAGUCGUGCAUUUAUUUUCUUUUCCUUUUUUCAUUUUAUUUUAUCUUCUUCAUUUUUUCUCUCUUCUUUUUUUUUUCUUUUUUUCUUCAUCUGCCGCCUCUGCCUCCGUACCCACAGUGUCUCACUUUUUUGUCGGGACGUUUUUUUUUGUCUCUCAUGUCUUCCCUUCCAGGCUCUCUUCCUGCUCUUUUCCCUUUUCGGUGAUUUCCCGAUACCGACUAGCAGAAAUGACUAACAACCGACGGCAAGGCUCGCCUUUCUUUUCUCGCGCCAACGUCAACCCUAGCCGAUGGUUCCUGAUGCAUGAGCUACGUUAUCUCUGCUUGUGCUUGUCUUGAGCUCUAUCGUCUCGGACCUUAUUCUCUCGCAAUGUAGCUUCGUGCUUGUUGAUUCGCCAUCUGCAGAGAGUCACGUUGCAGUGCGUAAG